AUGAAGGGACGAGUGAGUGCAGGGGGUUGGUGUGUGAACUGCUGGUCACUCUACAAAUUGAGCAAGAGGUCUAUAGAUCUCAAGCUAAAGGCUGAUCAUGGACUCAAUGAACAAUUUGUUGUGGCAAGGGUGCCUUCUCUAAAGGCUGUGAUAGAGAUGCCAACUGAGCCAAUAAUCGAGAAUCAGCCAUCGACUCAACGUAUGCUGCAGCAAACGCUUGAUUGCAUAGAUGACCCUGAUCCACGUUUUGGCAUCAUUGGAGUGUAUGGCAUGGGGGGAGUGGGUAAAACCACUUUCACCAGAGAAGUAAACAAUCACUUUGAAAAGGAUUCUUGUUUUGAGACUGAUAAUGGUCACAGUGUUGCCACUCCUAACAUACCUAAUAAUAAUGAUGCUGAUGCAUUGUCUAAAGCCCUAAAGAAGAAGAAAUUUCUUCUUAUUUUGGAUGAUGUGUGGUGCAAAUUAAAGCUUGAGGAUGUUGGAAUCCCUCAGCCAACUCCUCGAAGCUGCAAAGGGAGCAAGAUCCUAGUGACCAGCCGGAGUAAAGAUGUCUGCACUGAUAUGGGUGCCAGAAAAACAAUAAGAGUGCAGCCAUUAUCUGAAGAUGAGUCAUGGGAGCUCUUUGUUGAAGUAGCUAGCGAACAUGUUAGUGCCGAUGGCACGAAGUGCCUUGUUGAAAAACUGGUUGGAAGGUGUAAGGGUCUCCCCCUUGCAAUUGUCACUGUGGGUCAUGCAAUGGCAAAUCGAUAUAGGGUUGAAGAGUGGGCAAAUGCCAUAAGGGAAAUGGAACUAUCAGCCACAAAUCUUCGAGACACAUUAGGUAGCCUAACAACUGCCAGGAAUAAAGGUGAGGCUCUGACAGGAAGCUUGAAAAUUGCUUGCCUGUUAGAAGAUGGAGAGGAGAAAGAUAGUGUGAGGAUGCAUGAUGUGAUGUGGGAGCUUGCACUUUGGAUUACAUCGUCAGUGUCUGAUAGUAAUCCCAAGUUGUUGAUAAGGACAGGUGAAACAUUUAAUGCAACCCAAAAUGUUUGA